CCGGCCAAGAUCCCCUCUUUUCUUCUCUUUCACCGAACAGAGCUCCAGGUGAGUAGUAGCUCAAGAAAUCGUCUGCCUCAAAGAUGGAUUCCGACUACGAGUCGUCGAGCAACAGAACCCAUGGAAGAGCAGUGACGAGAAAGGAAAACGAAAUAUGGAUACCCACUCGGGCAUGCAUCAGUGACUAUGUCAAAGACGCAAUCGAUCUGCUAGAGGUGAAAGGUUACAAUGAAAUUGAUCUUAAAGCCAUGGGAAGGGCAGUCGAGAAAUCCUUGAAGAUCGCUGAAUCGAUCAAGGGAAGUAUUGCUGGUCUCCAUGAAAGUACAGACAUGGACUCCACUUGUCCUGUUUCGAAUAUCACCAUCACUUUGUCCAAGAAGGUUUUGAAUGACACGGAGACGAAUUCUAACUACGAGUGGUUGAGCAACAGCAACAAUGGAAGAGAAGGAACAGAGAAAGAGAUAGAAAUAGGGAUACCCACUCGGGCUUGCAUCAGUGACUAUGUCAGAUACGCAAUCGAUCUGCUAGAGGUGAAGGGUUAUGAUGAAAUUGUCCUUAAAGCUAUGGGAAGAGCUGUACAGAACGCCUUGGAGAUCUCUAAAUCAGUCAAGGAAAGUAUUGCUGGUAUCUAUGAGAGCAGAUACGUGGAUCCUGUUUCGAUCGCCAUUAUUUUGUCCAAGAAGGGCUCGAAUAUAACAAAAUUGAAUUAUUACGAGUCGCUGAGCAGGAGCAGGAGGAGCAGAACACAUGGAAGAGCCGGUACGAGAAAAGGGAACGAAAUAGGGAUACCCAAUGGGGCAUGUGUCAGUGACUAUGUCAGAGAUGCAAUCGAUCUGCUAGAGGUGAAAGGUUACAAUGAAAUUGUCCUUAAAGCCAUGGGAAGAGCAGUAGAGAAAGCCUUGAAGAUCGCUGAAUCGGUCAAGAGAAGUAUUGCUGGUCUCCAUGAGAGCAGAAACAUGGACUCCACUUGUCCUGUUUCGAAUAUCGUCAUCACUUUGUCCAAGAAGGACUUGAAUACAUCCUCUAGAGGAUACCAAUGCAGUGGGUCUGGUUAUGGCAUGAAAGUGAAGAAAGAGGGAUCAAUCUUUUGUCUAAAGAACAAUGCCUCAAUGAAGGAGAUUGAAGAAGUAGAGGAUUGCUUCAUCUUAGAAUUCAAUCCUUUUGAACCGAUUGAUCUUUCCAAAAAGCUCUCCCAGAAUGACCACCACACAGCCAGUGAUGAACAAGACCUAUCUGUCAUUGCUGAGCGAGGGCAGGUGGCUUGUCGAGACUAUCCACAUUCAAGGCAUCAUUGUGUUAAAUUUCCCUUUGACAAGACGCCUCAUGAGAGCUAUUGUGAACAGUGCUACUGUUAUGUUUGUGAUGUGAUCGCUCCUUGUAACUUCUGGAUACAACCUGAACAAGGACACUGCCAUGCAUCUGAGCAAGAGUUCAUCUGGAAUAUCCUACGGACAACAAAAGAAUUUGGUGCCUUAAACUGUGGAGACCUUUGUGUGGGAAUUGGCUCAAGACAAGCUGCUGACUCGCAUCCACUUGGCUUGUAG